UUAUAGUUAUUUUAACUUAACUUUUGAGUUAUUUUAAUUUAAAAUUUAGAGUAAACUUUCUAAGAAAUUUUAUUUUUUACUGCGUUAUAUGUUAUACAUAUAUCUUAUGCGUAAAUCUAAAAUCUGCCAUCUUGCGCAAUUACUUUCAGCUUUCAAUAUAAUAUAUUAUUAAUAAAGGGUGCGAUUUAUUUAAUUACGAUCAAUGUUAAUUAAAGGACUAACGCGAAAUUUGAAUACUACAACAAAUAAAGAACAAAUUUCAAAGAAAGUUUAUAUUAAUACAUAUAUCUACGGAUAUGAAUGCAGAAGAGAUGAGACAAGUGUAUGACACGCAAAAAAAAUAUCAAUACAUAAUACAAGAUUAAUAGAAAUUAAGUACUAUGGUAACAGACUUUUGAUGACUUUAAAUUAAUCAACAACGCAUAGUUUAUUAUUAUGAGUGUUUAGAUCAAAAUUUAUAUUAAUUUAUGAAAAAGUGCGAGUGUUAUCAGAGAUUUUUCCUAACAAAUAAAUCAAUGACAAAUACAAAUAUAUAUAAUAUUUAAAUGCUUUCUUAUCAUUACAUUAUUUGCGAGUAACGUAUCUGGAGCGUCAAUCAUAUUUCGUAUGUAUUCAAGCAUAGCAUUAUCACUUAUAGUAUGCAUUUAUGAUACAUGAAAUUAUUUUUUGUUUCUACUAUGCGUUAUACGUUAAACAUGUAUCUUGAGCACAAAUGUAAAAUCGCCAGUCUGUAAUCGUGUGCAAUUACGUACAGCUGGCAAUACGAUAUAAUAUUGAAAAAGAGCAAUUUAAUUAAUUACAAUCAACGUUAAAUAACGAAUUAAAUUGAAAUUUAAAUACUAAAAAUAAAUUUAUAUUAUACAUACAUCUACAAAUAUAUAUAUAUAUAUAUGUAGAAAAGAUCGUCUAAGCGCUGACAAUUGCACGACACGGAAGAAAAAAAAUUAUUACAGAAUACAAGAUUAAAGGAAAGUAAGUACAGAAAUAACAGAGUUUCCAUGACUUUAUAUUAAUCAUUAACGCAUAGUUAAUUCAUUAUUCUUGAAUGUUUAGACUGAAAGUUAUAAAAAAUUACGGAAAAAUGCGAGUAUUACCACUGAUUUUCCUUUGGUUGUCAUAUCUGUCAUUUUGCAAUGGAUAUCGUUUGCUUGCACUGUUUCCCUUACAAGUAAAGAGUCAUUUCGUUAUGUUCGAGCCUCUGAUGAAAGGCCUGGUCAGAAAGGGCCAUCAAAUCGACGUGGUCACAAGUUUUCCAUUGAAAAAGCCUUAUCCAAAUUACACUGAUAUUGUGACAGUGCCAAUAACUCUGAAGUUGGUAAAUAAUAUGAGCUAUGAAAUGAUGAAUAAUCUUAUCAGUGAAAACCAGACGCACGUUGUUGGAACGAUAGGAGGAAACGAUCUUUGCAAACUCUUAGCAGAUUCGAAAAUAAAAGAGCUGGCGCAACCGAAGAAUCCGCCUUACGACGCAGUGCUAAUGGAGGUUUUUGGCGCGCAAUGUCUCGGAAUCAUCGCCUAUUUAUUGAAAGUUCCCUUGAUCGGGGUGAGCACUACGUCGCUGUACCCAUGGCUACAUCAAAUGGUUGGUCAACCUGAGAACCUGGCCUUUGUGCCAAACAACAUGUUAACUUUCACCGCCCCUAUGAAUUUCUGGCAACGUCUGUAUAAUGUCUUACGCACGCUUUACGACAAGUGGUUAUUCCAUUACAUGACGACACGGGAGCAAACCAGGUUGAUAAGGGAGAACUUCGGACCGGACAUGCCGGGCGUACGGGAAUUAGAGAGAAAGGUGUCGCUGAUCCUCAUUAACUCUCACAUCACGCUAAAUGGGAUACACCCGACGACACCUGCCGUGGUGGACGUGGGAGGCCUCCACGUCUAUACUGAAAGUGAAACGUUGCAACCUGAAUUAAAGAAAUGGAUGGACGACAGCAAAGAUGGUUUUAUAUAUUUCACUUUUGGCUCGAUGGUGAUGAUUGAAACGUUUCCACGCGAGUUCCUGAAGAUCCUUUACGCUUCCUUAGGCAAAAUAGCACCUGUGCGGAUUUUAAUGAAAAUACCAGCUCCAGAGAAACUGCCACCCGGUUUGCCGGAAAAUAUUCACGUGUCUCCUUGGAUGCCGCAGCUUAAGAUAUUAAAACAUCCUAAUAUAAGAGCCUUUAUCACUCAUGGCGGACUAAUGGGCACCCAAGAAGCGGUAUCAUGCGGUGUUCCCAUGAUCGGUCUACCACUUUUCGCCGAUCAAUUUACGAAUAUCAACGCAUACGUUGCCAGAAACAUUGCCAUAAGACUGGAUGUUAAAACACUUACCGAAAAAAGCAUGGAUGCAGCCUUAAAUGCGAUAUUACAAGACCCUCUGUACAGGGAGAGUGCGCGGAAUCUUUCCCAACGAUUUCUCGAUCGGCCACUGGAUGCUAUCGACACAGCUAAUUAUUGGAUCGAAUACGUCAUCCGGUACGGCGAAAAUUCUUUGCGAUCGCCCGCUGUGGAUAUGACCUGGUGGCAAUUGUCUCUCGUCGAUGUGAUCGGGUUUCUCCUGUUUUGCGCCGUACUCAUUAUCGCCCUAAUAGUGUUUAUUGUGCAAUUCAUGUUUAAAUUGAUGCACAAAGGUGUUAAUACAUUAUAUUCAAGAAAGUUAAAAGCAAAUUAAUCAUUAAUUGAUGAUAAAUAAUGCUGUACUUUUUGCUAUAUAUUUAUAUCUCUGCACAGAAAUUUAUCGUAGAAAACAUAAUUAUAUGAUUUUCUUAAUAAAAGUAUUAAUGAGGAUUAUAAAUAAAGAACAUUUGCAUUUUUAUCGAUGUAUAAAUCGCGCUCUGAUAUUUCUUAACAAAUGUUUGUUAAACUUAAUAUGAUUUUCCGACAGAUUUCUUGGCAGCUUAAUUUUACUCGCAGAAAAGCAUACAUUGUUUCUAUGCCAUACCGAUAUGUAGAGGCACUUUUAUAUUAUUUUUAUAAAAUGAACUCAUUCCUAUAACAGUGAAGUUAUUUAUUACAUAGUAUUUGUUAAAAACGAAAACGAUAAUUUUGGUACUUUUGAUCCUCCAAGUCUCAUAUUUAAAUUAAUAGAUAAGCGUAACUGUUAAACUCUAAUUAUUACAUGUUCACUCAAAUAUUCUGUUUUGCUAAUUCGCUUAAAAAUAAUAAGACGCAAAGCUUCGACGUUAACGAUCGAUGCAUCACAACAUUGUUUGUCUUCGGAGCAAACAAGUUUUUUCUUUCUGUCAGUACACGCAAAGGAAAAUUAUCAAACUUUACAAAAUAUGAUUUGACCGGUACGAUCCUUCGUCCGAUCAAAUCAGCUUUGACGAGAGACAAUAAGUAGAUUCGCGCCAAUAACGAUAGCUCUGGGGUUUGCGCUCUCGACCGGAGGGGUGCAGUGUCAGAUUCGAGCGAGUGAAUAACACAGAUAUUCAAAAUCUAGCUUAACCGAGCGAGUUCUAAGUUAAAGUUAUCGGAAGCUGUAUUGCACGCCGCAGUAUACUGGUGCAACAAUUUGCACAAAUUAAAACGACAUUUAACGAAACGGAAGUGGUGUUAAAAUCAACAUUUAUUAAAGACAUUUUUGUUGAACAUUUUAAA